UUACUUCAACAAAAUAAAAAUUUGUCGCUGAAGAAGUGAGAAAGAGAGAAACUCCGAAGAAUCAAUGGAAGGAACUUCAUCAUCAUCACGUUCGAAUAAACGAAAACUGUACUUAGACGAAGAUAUCAGUAAACCUCCAGUGGAGAAGAAACCUAGAUUUCCGAAAGGGAAGAAGAAAGUUAAAGAGGAAGUGGCGGAAGAGGUGGCUGUAUGUGGACCGGCAGAGGCUCCACCAGUGGAGAUUUUUGAUACGACAGUUGCCGCACAUGAGCGAUCCAAGAGGCGAGUUCAGAUGAUUGAUGACUUGAUUUCUGGUGAAGAGCCAAAUGCUAUUGAUGAAGCUGAAGUUAGAACGUAUAAGGAAAACACUAAUUUUGAGGAAGAUGGAACCGUCAUAGAGCCAUUUAACCUGGAACAAGAGAGAGAGGAUGGCUAUUUUGAUGAAAACGGCAAUUUUGUUCAUUAUGCCACUGACAAAGGCGUUAAGGAUGCAUGGCUGGAUAGUGUUGACGCUGAAUCAAAUUUUGCCCCAAAAAGCUUUGCUGAAAAAAGCUUUAAUAAGGUAAAAGAUGACGAGGAAGCCGAUGAACUUUCGUCUGAUGAUGUUGGAAAACUCAAGAGGCGUAUCGCAGACCUUCUUGAGCCAGAGGAGACUGUCUUACAAGCUCUGAAAAGGUUGAAAGGCACCUCGAAUGGAAAGAAAGAGAAGAUGCCAGAACAAAUAAAACUUAUAUUUGAUCAGCUUACAGAAGACUCAAUGAAGCUGAUGGAUAAUGGUGAUUAUGAUGUUUACAACGAGAAAAAGGAAGCUUUUGAGCGCGAGGCAGAAGGAUAUGAGAGGUUAGCUCGUGCUAGGGAGGGUAUAUUCUUAGGUGCGGGUUCCGCUUCCAUACAAGAUAUAUCUGGAAAUGCUGAUGACGACUUUGAUAUGUUUGCCGAAGAUGACAAAGGGCCUGUUUCAAAUGCUUCAUCAGAUGUGAAUGGUUUCAUUUCUGGUUCAGUUGGAGAAGAACUUCCAUCAGAAGGUGCGGAUCUGCAAAGUGAUUAUAUUUUCGAUGAGUCAUCUGGUUACUACUACAGUAGCAGUUUGGGCUAUUACUAUGAUCCUACAUCAGGACUAUACUGCUCCGCAAGUUCCGGAAAAUGGUAUUCGUUUAAUGAGCAAGCAGGAAUGUAUGAUGAAGUCCAGGGAGAUGGUGAAACUGCGGCUCCCAUAAACUGAUUGUAUCCAUAUAUCCAUAUAAUGAGCAAGGAAGUACAUCUGACGAAGUCUCCCAUAAACUGCAUAUGUGAGUAACAAAUUUCCUUAUAUCCUUUGAGGUUUUUUGUACAUAAGUUACAUAACAAAGAAAAUACGCAAUAGCUGUAGUAUGUGAGCUGGAUGAAAAUUCUAGGCUUGAAAUUUUUGUAUUUUCCUGAGCAGCCGAUUCAUUAUUACUGUAUACUGUUGGUGUUUUUCUUUAAAUGUAGUCUGAUGUUACUCUUUUAG